AUGGGCUCCUCCAAGCGACACCAGAGGGGCGUAAAGCACCCCCAACCAACCUUAGUAACACGACAACGACAGACGAGAUCAAAGGGUCGGGCGCUCGAGUCCGACCCGGCGCUGAACAACCAGCUGCUGACAGAGCAGCUGCGCGCGCUCGGGCUGUACGCCGCGCCGACGCUGGGCGACGGCAACUGCCUCUUCCGCGCGCUGUCCGACCAGCUGCACGGCACGCCCGCGCACCACGCCACGCUCCGGCGCGACGUCUGCGACUGGAUCGAGCAGCACAAGGCGCGCUACGAGCCGUUCUGCGACGACGAGCGCGGGAUCGACACCCACCUGAGCUGCAUGCGCCAGCAGGGCAAGUCCCCCCUCGUCUCUCCACCUCGGACGUACGGAGGCCACAUGGAGCUCUCGGCGUUCGCGCAUAUGACCGGCCGGAACGUGAAAGUGGUCCAGCCCGGGCUCGUUUACGUCAUCGAAGCUGCGCCCGAUGCGGCCCCGCCUCCGCCAGCAGCGGACGAUGAGGACGACGACGAUGGCCUCGAUCCCGACGAGUUGCCGACCUUGUCGCGGCGCGCCCGCCGACGGGCCGGAAAGGGCAAAGAAGCAUCCGCCUUCCCCGCAACUGACGACGAUCACGACGAUGCCGACACCGGCCCGCCGCUAGGGCCUGUAUACGUCGCGUACCACGAUUGGGAGCACUUUUCGUCCAUCCGCAACCUGCGCGGGCCGCACACCGGCCCGCCCGAGGUGCGCGAGACGCCGGCCGCGGACGCCCCGUCGUCCUCCCCGGCUCGCAAGACGAAGCCUUAUGCGAAGACGCGCUCGAGUGCCCGGCGCUCGGUACCCUCCUCCAAACCUACCUCAGCGGUAUCGGCGCUCCAAGAUCGGGGGACCCCCGCCCCAGGGACGCCGUCGCAGAUCCCGCUGCCGUCUUCACGCUCGCCUUCCCCGGUCGAUAACGACGGCACCCCGUCGUCCUCCAUCUCCGCACGCCUCAUUCACCGCCGCGCGCCGUCCCCCGCGCGCUCCUUCCGCUCGCCAAAGCGGACCUUCGAUGAGUCGUCCUGUUCCUCGCGCGGCGACCCCUCGUCCGAGCUCUCGGAGGACCACCAGCACGCCGCCGCGAAGCGGACGCGUUCGCGGCGUGCAUCGCCCUCUCGUCACGAUGACGCGGACGACGACAUGGUCGUCGACGCCGACACCCCCGAGCUUUCGCCUGGGACGUCCAACCUCUCCUCGCCGCUCACCUCCGAAGACGAGUCGGACGAGCCUCUACCGGCUCCUCCGCCGGAGCCCGUUAGGCACAUGUCGAAGCGCGAGCGGAAGAAGCUCGGGCUGCCGAAGGCGCGCCCGGCGACCGUCGGCGGCAAGUCGAGCGCGGGCAAGAUCGUGAUCCCCGGCGGGCGGUACAAGGCCGCGGUGUCGCCCACGAAAGCCAAGAAGGCGCAAGAGGACCCGGCGAUUGGUACCCCGGAGUCGGGUGAGGCGGAAUGGGUGAAGAAUGGCGUGGGGCGGAUGGACGUCCGCGGGUUUCGCGAGCUCAAGAUUUGAUUAGCGGUCAACGAGCAGAGCACGUCCGCUGGCGAGCCGUGCUCAGUCCACACGAGAAGAGGCCUUUUGGCUUCCCCGCUCUCCCUUGUUUGAUGAUGAUACGCACGACCUCUCACGACCUAACCUUCCAUUCGAUCCAAACAACAGCAUCACGCACACACUCUGGAUCCGCAUCGCAGCAUCUUGACCUUGUUUCCAUUCACCCAUCCUCAUCCCGUUCGCACGCAUACAAGGACAACAUCGCAUUCCCCCCGUGUCUCAAUAUCUCGCUUCCCCACGCCGUAUCUAUCGAUAUUUUUCUCUUCAUCAUCGCUCGCCGUUUCUCCCACCUCCGCAUAUCUCCAGCCCAUCAUCGUUCGCGGCGCAUGGACCUUUUUAUGCGCAAUUGUUGCCCAUCGUCGACGAAGUAUUUGGUUUUUCCUUGGACC